CUGGUCCCAUCUACUCAACCCAUAUCAUCUACCACCACCACCUCAAACGCUACUCUACCAUGACUACCAUGCGCGCUGCUGUUUUCCACAACGGUCUCACAAGCCUGGUUUUGCAGGAGAUCCCCAUCCCCAGACCUGGCCCCAAGCAAGUGCUUCUCAAGGUUGCCGCUGCGGGAGUGUGUCAUUCCGACACUCUCUUACUAUCCGACACUUUGAACGACCCGCGGAAGUAUGUCUUCGGCCACGAGAAUGCCGGCUAUGCGGUGGAACUUGGCAAGGACGUCGAGAACAUUGAGAUCGGAAAGCUAUACGCCAUAUGGGACAUCGUCGCUCACGAUCCCCACCAGAUUCCCGGCUUGCCACCUUUUGCGGACAGUAUCGGCAUCGGCGAGAACGGCGGAUUCGCUGAGUUCAUAGUUGCGGACGCGUCCGAUCUCGUCCCCGUCCCCGCCGAUCUCAGACCUGAGGUUGCGGCCCUUGCUGCCGACUCGUUGAUCACCGUGUACAACGCAGUCCACAACCGUGCUGGGCUCAGACCAGGGACUAAGCAGCGUGUGCUGAUCUACGGCGUCGGUGGUCUUGGACACCAGGCCGUCCAGUUGGCAAAAUCCUACGGAGCCACCGUCUUUGCCUGCGAUAUCAAGGCCAGCGCGAGGGAGCUUGCUCUGUCUCUCGGUGCCGAGCAAGCCUUCCAGCCCACGGAGCUGACCUCGCUCACUUCCUCCACCGAUGAGUCGAAGAAUUUCCAGGUUGAUAUAGUGAUUGACUUUGUGUCUAAUCAGCAAUCUUUCACCAUCGACCAGGCCGUUGUGAAGGGUCAUGGCAACAGUCUCCAGGAAACUCCUGGUACUAUCGUUAUGGUUGGCCUAUUUGGAGACAACCUUUCUUUCAACAUCUUUGAACUCCUGAUUUUCCGCACCAAUGUCUUGACCAGCCUUUACGGCACCAAGGACGACUUGAAGGCUUCGCUCGCCCUUCUUGCUGAGGGCGCUGUUAAACCCGUAGUCUCUGCUGCGCCCCUGGAGGAAGUCAACAAGGUUUUGGAUGAGCUCCGGGCUGGGAGGGUCACGGGCCGCAUGGUCGUUGUCCCCGGUAUGAAGGCUACGAAGGCUUGAAGGGGCUUUGAAUAUGAAUAUUCUAACGUUGUUUCACUAUCACGACUUCGUGCACGUACCUCGAUGUAGUCGCUACUGUUAACCAUUUUUGCGGCUACCC